AUGUCUUUGGAUCGCUCGGGUGAAAAAUUACAGCGUUUCAAAAGUGCAUUACCGAUGCCAGAUGAAGAUGGGGAUAUAUAUUACGACGCUAUUGAUUUCGAAGACACCUUCGAAAGCCUAAGAAUUAAGAAUGACAAUCAAACUUUGAAAUUAGGGUCGAAAGAUAAAGAAGAUAAAUAUGAUUUAAAUAUGAGUUUAGGAGACAGAGAAAUGGCGACGAAAACAAAAGAAGCACACAGUAACGACAAAGAAAUAAAACCUACUGAAAUUAGAAAAUCAAUUAUCAAUUGUUUAGGAUACUUGAUUAAAAUUAUGAGAGAAACUUUAUCUACCGAAGACAUGGACGAAAUCAUUCAAGAAGACGUUAACUGCGACGGAAAUGAAAUAUUAAAUGAAGAUCUGGAUUUACGAGAAGAGCCGAUCUUUAUUGACUUUUCAAAACUUUUGGAAAUUAUGGCGAGGAAACUGUGGGGAUUCCAAUUAAGUAUUCAUAAUGACGGGACAUUAGAGUUAGGAAAAAACGAUAAUGUAACUGUUCAGCAUUUACGGACCAUUUUGACAUCAUUAGGAACAGUUAUGAUAAGUCUCGGCCAAACCAUUUCGGAUGAGGAAUUCGGCCAAAUCACGAAGAGAGAUUCAUCUGAUGGAAAUUCUGACUUUUCAAAAUUGAUAUGUAAUAUGAUAGAAAAGGAGAUAAAAGAAUCCGAUUUCAAUGUCGAUAUUAUUAGAGAUUUUGGCGUUUUCGAUCCGAGAGGAACAGGUUAUGUUUAUGUGGACGAACUUCGCGAAGCCAUGAUGAGCACGGGAGAUAUGUUCGGCCAGAGAGAAAUGAUAGAAUUUCUAGAAGAUAUGGAAGUUAAUGAACAGGGACAGUUCAACUACGUAGAUUAUGUCACCAAAGUGUCAAUGAAACGAAGUCAAAAGAAAUACAAUUUUUCAUAA